AUGCCCAUCACUCACUCUCUCCACCCGUCUGUUUAUAUAUAAAUACGCCUCACAAGCUUUCUUACAAACACCUCACAGUCAUCACUCUCUGAAUCACUUAAAUACAAGCAACAACUUCUAACCUUCCCCUCAAUGGCUUCUACUUCCCAUUUGGCCAUCUGGGUCACAUUUUUUCUUGCCCUUUCCUCCUUCCUCAGCCCUUGUACAGCCACCAUGCGCAAGCUCUCAGCUCUCGUCCAACAACAACCACUUAUGCUCAAGUACCACAACGGCCCACUGCUUAAAGGCAACAUCACAGUCAAUGUCGUAUGGUAUGGCAAGUUCUCCCCCAUCCAACGGUCCAUAUUGGUCGACUUUGUUCAAUCUCUGAGCUCCCACCACACCCCGCAACCCUCAGUCUCAUCGUGGUGGCAGACUACAGAAAGGUACAGGGGAGGGCCCUGCACCGUCGCUGUAGGGAAUCAAAUCCUCGACCAGACAUACUCUCUCGGGAAAACACUCACGGACCAAAAACUGGCGGCUUUAGCAGCCAAAGCAUCAACAGGUCGAAACGCAGCGGUCAACAUGGUUCUCACGGACGCUGAUGUGGCGGUUGACGGGUUCUGCAUGAGCCGGUGCGGGUCGCACGGGUCGGGCGGCGAGGGGAGAAAGACGGGCAGGCUGGCGUACGCGUGGGUGGGAAACCCGGCCAGCCAGUGUCCGGGUCAGUGCGCGUGGCCGUUUCACCAGCCCAUUUACGGGCCGCAGACGGCGCCGUUAGUUCCUCCUAACGGCGACGUAGGGGUUGACGGAAUGGUGAUCAGUCUUGCAACGGUUUUGGCGGGAGCGGUGACGAACCCGUUUGAAAACGGGUAUUUUCAGGGUACGAGAGACGCGCCUUUAGAGGCUGUGAGCGCGUGUACGGGUAUUUUUGGGACAGGGGCUUACCCGGGUUAUACCGGGGAGGUCGUUUUGGACAAAACGACGGGAGCUAGCUACAACGCGGUGGGUGUACGUGGACGCAAGCACUUGCUCCCGGCGAUGUGGGACCCGCAGACCUCCACGUGUAAAACACUCGUCUGAGCAAUGGCGUCAACCUGUGCGUGUUGCUAGAAGAUUAUUAUAGUGUUAUGCAUAAUUGAAUGUUUUUUUUCUUCUUUUUCGGGUGAUAAAUGUGAAAUUGUACAUUUAAUUCAGGAAAAUUGUUGAAUAAGAA